AUGACCAACCCUGUACAACCGCUGCUGCUGUUUGCUCUUGGAUGUGACUGGGACGGUCGCAUUCCACGCAACUCUACAUCUCGCUGGCCCAAUCAGAUGGCGUCUAUAAAGAGUGUGCUCAAUGCGCGAGCGGAUAUCGACGAUAUUGCCCCUAUUCUCUUGGAAUGGUCUGGAGAUAAACGAUGGUCACUGCUCCAGAAUCUGGGCGAGAAUCUGUUGUGCCAAUACUCGCCGCGACAGAACCGCGUGCUGCAGCACGCACGCUUCGAUUCUAAAAAUAAAAUGGUGAUAAAUGAACCUCCCGAGUUCACCCAGGGCGUUGCAAUCAACGAGCUGACCAUUCAAUCUAUACAGGCCGAUACCAAGCAUCCGCGAACUAUCAUUGGCACGGGCAUAGAAAGACAUCAUGUGCGUACCGACAAUUCUGGCGCAGACGCCUACAGCAAUGCUGCCGAGCGCACACCGUUUGUCAAUGAAACCAUGCCACUGCCUGCACUGUGUGUGAUCACCUCUGAGCCCGAGAAUAUAGGCCCCGUCUAUGUGCACCACAGACACAACCCGCGCGACAGUCUGCAGGCCAUCGGAGGCGUAGAGGUGCUAUUGUUCCAUCUCAUUCGCAUGACCGGACCGCUCCGAAGUUUAACCGACAGCCAAUCAACUGGCUCGAAUUUCAGAAAGAGCCCUUCGUACGGCAACAGCCAAUCAGAUGCCGCGGAAUCUGCUUUCAACUACGACCAAUCAAAUGGCCCGGACUUAACCAACUGCCAAUCAUAUCAUGAGAAAUUAACCCUCAAAGCCAUGCUUGAGGCGUCCGCAAUUUCGCUGGGGAUGUUACCUGAGCACACGCACGUGCAUGUUAAUGAUACACUUGUCAGAAGGAAGUGUGUGCAGACGGCGGUGUUGCAGCUGCUGUUGAUGGCUACCACAUCCCAUGUGGCUAAUACCGUGGCUAUGCGUUCGUGUAAUGGGUGA